GUUAUUACGAGCAUGAGUAAUUACCGAGGUAUUGGCGGUGGUGGCUUUCCAUAUAAAGUGAACCAGAACCGCAAUGUGGGUGCAUCUAUGAACGCAGUGCCUCCACCUUCAUCGCUUAAUAAUCGUGGAUCUCAGAGAGGAGGUAGUGCAGGCCGUGGGGCCGGCGGAUCCGUAGGAGCCACUAAGUACGGCUAUACAUCCCUGGAUUCGAUAAGUCAGUUCACAGCUUCCCAAAAUCUCAUUGGUAAACGCAAAUCACAUACAGAAGAUGAAUAUUUUGAUGACGAUGAGGACCAAACACCGGAACAAGCCUAUAUUCCUGCGCCUGGCUCACCCGGCUAUGUGAAUAAAAACAAGGCAGAUAGUGAGUCUGAUGAAGAUCCGCUAGAUCAGUUUAUGGCCGGCAUUGAACAGCAAGUACAGAAAGAAAAAGUGCGUAAAGAACGUGCAGUAGUUUCGCCAGUGGAAGAAGUACCCGGCCCAAAGAACGCAAAGGGCGUACGCGGCGACAUAGAUGACGAAGAUGACGAGGAAAGUUAUUAUCGGUACAUGGAAGAAAACCCCAAUGCUGGUCUUCGUGAUGACGGUUCCGAUAUCGAAAUAGACUAUGACGAAGAUGGGAAUCCAAUUGCGCCACCCAAAAAGAAAGACAUUGAUCCUUUACCACCUAUAUACCACUCUGAAAUUGAAUAUGAGCCAUUUGAAAAGAACUUCUACACACAACAUGAGGAAAUUGGCAAUCUCUCUGAAGAUCAAGUACGUGAACUACGAAAAACAUUGGGCGUCAAAGUAACUGGUCCAGAGCCACCAAAACCAGUGUCUUCGUUUGCGCAUUUUGGCUUCGAUGAAAGUCUAAUGAAAGCCAUCCGUCGUGCGGAAUACACACAACCGACGCCUAUACAAGCGCAGGCUGUGCCUACAGCUUUAGCUGGGCGCGACAUAAUAGGCAUUGCAAAGACUGGAUCUGGUAAAACUGCAGCUUUUGUAUGGCCAAUGCUGGUGCACAUAAUGGAUCAGCGUGAGUUGCGACCAGGUGAUGGUCCCAUAGGGCUAAUUUUAGCGCCGACGCGUGAGUUAUCACUACAAAUAUACAAUGAAGCUAAAAAAUUUGGAAAGGUAUACAAUAUCAAUGUGGUGUGUUGUUAUGGUGGUGGCUCGAAAUGGGAGCAGAGUAAAGCACUUGAACAGGGCGCUGAACUUGUUGUGGCCACGCCGGGUCGAAUGAUUGAUAUGGUAAAGAUGAAAGCAACCAAUUUGCGUAGAGUAACGUUUCUAGUGCUGGAUGAGGCAGAUCGCAUGUUCCACAUGGGUUUUGAGCCGCAGGUUCGGUCCAUCUGUAAUCAUGUGCGUCCCGAUCGUCAAACCUUACUUUUCUCAGCGACUUUCAAAAAGCGUAUCGAACGUUUGGCACGCGAUGUACUCAGCGAUCCCGUGCGCAUCGUGCAAGGCGACCUCAAUGAAGCCAACCAAGACAUUACCCAGUAUGUGUACGUUUUCCCCAAUCCACUGCAGAAGUGGAACUGGCUGCUUUGUCAUUUGGUUAAGUUCCUAUCGGAAGGCAGUGUGUUGGUGUUUGUCACCAAAAAAGCCGAUGCCGAGACUGUGGCCAACAAUCUAAUGGUGAAAGAAUACAACUGUUUGCUCUUGCACGGUGAUCUAGAUCAGGCUGAUCGUAACAAAGUCAUAACACAAUUUAAGAAGAAGGAAUGCGAUAUACUAGUAGCCACCGAUGUGGCUGCACGUGGUCUGGACAUACCACACAUACGCAACGUCAUUAAUUACGACAUCGCACGCGACAUCGACACGCAUACACAUCGUAUUGGUCGUACCGGACGUGCGGGUGAGAAAGGUACAGCCUACACGUUGGUCACCGACAAGGACAAAGAGUUCGCCGGUCAUCUGGUGCGCAACUUGGAGGGUGCCGAUCAGCAAGUACCUGACGAUUUAAUGGAAUUGGCAAUGAAGAGUUCGUGGUUCCGCAGUUCGCGCUUCAAACAGGGCAAGGGCAAGAAAAUUGCCAUUGGUGGCACCGGUUUAGGCUAUCGCGAACGCAGCAGCGGCAGCAGUAUAAAGUCAAAUUCAGCAAAUGAGUCCUCAUCGUUUGCAUCGAUAAAUAAAUCAAUAUCGGCUGCGGGUCCAGCAACCGAUCGCUAUGCGGCAAUGCGCGAAGCAUACAAGGCACAAUAUUCAUCACAAUUUCGGGCUUCCACUGAUCGCACAUGGGAAAAGACUGUGCCUGAGACGGGUGUUUUUGCGGCGCCAGCGCCUGUGUUGCCUUCGAUGCAGCCAACGUCCAGUGGCAACUCUGCUGGCAGUGGCGGUGUUGAUGACAAUGGAAAACCACGCAAAAAGAAGAGUCGUUGGGAUUAAAACUGACCUCCAAUUUAAUGAAGGACCGCAUAUAACAAAAUCAUAUUUUGCACUUUGACAUAAACACAUAAGAAUAGUGGAAAUGGCGUCCGCUGAAAUUACAUUUAAAUCAUUUUGCACAUUCACAUUUUUGCAACGUAAAACUAAAAAAAAUUACAUAAAAAAUUAACUCAUCAUUAAAAAUAAAUGUUAUAAUUUAUGGAACGUUGCAGCACAUGCUCUUUUUGUGUUUUAUGUUUUAAUUUUUUCUGCAAAUUAUCAUAUGUAUGCAGUAAGCUGUAAACGGUUAAUAUGGACGCUAAAGAAUAAAUAACAGUUAUGCAUUGCCUGUACAUACAUAUGUAUGUAUGUAUGUAUAUUCUACGGAUUUAUUUGUGAAGUUGUCGCUAAAUGCAUAUUCCAUGCUAUGCGUGCGAUUUUUAUUUAAGUCAAUUUAUAAGCGACCUCUUUUUACUCACCUUGCUGUAAUGUCAAUAAAAAUACGGAAAAUAAAAAAUAAUAAAACGCAUUCAUAACUUUU